AUGCCCAAGAAGUUCCAAGGGGAGAACACCAAGUCGGCCGCCGCCCGGGCGAGGAAGGCCGAGGCCAAGGCGGCGGCUGACGCCAAGCGGCAGAAGGAGCUGGAGGAUGCCUUCUGGAAGGACGAGGACAAGCACGUCAUGCGCAAGGAGCACCGGAAGGAGGAGCGGGAAAAGCGCCGCCUGGAGCAGCUGGAGCGCAAGAAGGAGCUGCAGCGGAUGCUGGAGGAGGAGGAUGCCCAGCUGAAGGGCAAGGCCCCCAAGCCGCCCGGCCCCGCCAGGGUCACCCGGGCCCAGAUCGAGGAGGCCCUCCAGAAGGAGCUGAAGGAGGGCGGGGACGCGGCCGGCGGCG